AUGGAGCUUCAGCCACUAAAUAAGAAUAUUUCUGAAUCUAAGGCAGCCUAUUAUCCUUUGCGAGACAAAAAAAGAUCAUGAUUUUCAAGUCUUCUAUUUUUAUGAAUCCAUCCUUUGUUAAGAAUCGCUCAUUCUACAAAACUAGAACAAGAGCAUACUUUUGAACUGCCUGAGCCUGAAAAAGCAGAAAGCGAGACACUUUCUGAAUAUUUAAAGAAUCACAAAUUAUUUUCAGCUCUUCUCAGGUCUCAUUGGAAAAAAUUGCUGCUGGUGAUUAUUUUAGGGAAUAUUUCAGCAAUGCUAGAUUAUGCGGCGCCAAUAUAUAUACAGUUGCUUAUUUCUUAUUUAAGCUCUGAUGAUAAGCCAUUGUCGACAGGAAUCAUUUUGGCAGGAAGCUAUUCAAUUAUUACUUUAUCUCAACAAAUUAUAAAUGGGCAAACUGCUUGACACUCGAGAAUCCUAGAAAUUCGGGUCAAAAAUUCACUAGCUAGUGUAAUUUAUAAUAAAGUUACAAUUACAGCUACAGUAGAAGAAGGGCAAGGAGUUAACCUUUUGCAAGUUGAUGCUAAAAAUAUAGUAGAACUUUUUGCGUAUAGCGGCUGGGUUGUAGCUAUGCCUUUUCAAAUAGGAUUUGCUAUAUUUUUAAUCCUAAAUCAAGUGUCUACUGCUGUUUUUGCUGGAAUAGGAGCAAUUGUAUUGGCCUUAUCUUUGAAUUAUUUUAUUGCAAUAAAAUGUAAAAAUUUUCAAGAAAAAUACAUGAAAAUUCGAGAUGAGAGAAUUGAAAAUUCUAAAAAUUUAUUUGGAGAAAUAAAAAUGAUAAAAGCUUAUUCAUGGGAAGAAUAUUUUAAAAAUAGGGUAAAUAUUGUCAGGAAAAAUGAAAUUUCCACACUUAGAAUUUUGAAUUUCUUUUACGCUACAAAUAUUUUUUUACUGUGGACAAUCCCAAGUCUAACUGCUGUUAUUGUUUUUGUAUUCUAUACUCAAGUAUUAGGAGAGCAUUUAAAUAGCGAAAAAACUUUUGUGACAUUGACAGCUUUAUUACUACUUCAAGAGCCUUUUAGGUCUUUACCCCAAGCUGUAACCAAAGUUUUUCAAUGCUACGUAAGCUCCAAAAGAAUCCAAAAAUUGCUUGAUGCACCUGUUGUAGAGAAACUGAAGAAAAACGACGUUAUUGUGAUGGAAAAAGCCACUUUCGCUUAUGGAGACAAAGAGAUUCUGCAUGAUAUUGACUUAACUAUAAACAAAGGGGAGUUAUUAGCAAUUAUAGGAGAAGUUGGGAGUGGGAAAUCGUCUAUACUUAAUGCAAUUAUGGGUGAAAUUAAAAUAAAAUCAGGAAAAAUCGCUGUUGAUGACAAUAUUGCAUAUGCACCGUCAUUGGAUUCAUGAGUUAUGAAUGGCACGUUAAAGAACAAUAUCUUGUUCGGAAAAGAGUUUGACGAAAGCAAGUAUUGGAAGGUAAUCGAAGCCUGCUGCUUAAUGCAAGAUAUCAAUAUCCUUCCAGCCCGUGAUUUUACAGAAAUCGGAGAAAAAGGCAUUAAUCUUUCUGGAGGACAAAAGGCUCGAGUAUGCUUAGCAAGAGCUGUCUAUGCUGAUAGGGAUAUUUAUUUACUAGAUGAUCCUUUGAGUUCUGUAGACUCGCAUGUAGCUCAUCAUAUAUUUAAACAUUGCAUGCUAGGAUUGCUUGCAAAUAAAACAAGGAUUUUAGUGACCCAUCGAAUGAAUAUUUUGCACAAAUGUGAUAGGGUGAUAAUCAUGGAGGCAGGAAAAAUUAAAAAAAUUACGAGCUCAGAAAGUAUUUCAAUUGAUACAGAAAUUAUUGAAGAAAGCACAAAAACAGUUGAAGCUCCUACUGGAGAAGGGAAACUCAUUGAAGAUGAAGACAGAGAGGUAGGGAAGGUUAGCAUGGAGGUCUAUAAGGACUAUUUAAAAUGUGCAGGGGCCUAUUAUUGAAUUUGUAUAGCUAUAGUUGCCAUGAUUAUUUAUACCGGCGUAAGAAUGGCUGGAGACAUUUUUCUAAAAAACUGAAGCGAAAACCAAGACGAAACUUCAACUUGGAUGCCGCUCUAUUUCAGUUUCCGACUAGGCAGCUGUCUUUUUGUGUACAUGCGUACCACAAGUUUAAAUGUAAUGAUGCAAAUCAAUACCGGCAAAAAAAUCCACGAAAAUCUGCUAAACUCCCUUAUAAAAGCUCCAAUUAAUUUAUUUUAUGAUAUUACCCCAUUAGGAAGAAUUCUAAACCGGCUUAGUAAAGAUCUAGGCAUAAUUGAAGAAGAUUUAGGCUUUACUAUCGGGACACUUUUAUCCCAUACCUGCUCGAUUUCUGCUUCAUUUAUAAUGGUUUUUAUUUAUUUUCCAUGACUUGCAGUGCUUUUACCAUUUUCUAUAUACCCAGCUUUAAAACUCAAAGAAUAUUAUAUAACUACAUCAAGGGAGCUUACUAGAUUAGAAGCAAUUUCUCGAUCUCCGAUUUUAAAUAACUACACUGAGACUAUUUCAGGUGCAAAAUUUAUAAGAGUUCACAAUAAAAUCCCUUAUUUUAUUAAUAAAAAUAAUGGGAUUUUAAACAUGAACGCCAGAAUGAACUAUUCUUUGGGAGGCUGCAGUGCAUGGCUUGAUUUAUAUUUAGGUUUCCUCAGCUCAGCUUUUCUAUGUGUUUUAUUUGCCCUUGUAGUGGUUUAUAGAUAUGAUGUUUCAGUUGGUGUUGUAGGGCUUUCCCUGGCUUAUAUUGUAUCGCUCCCUAGAGAUGUUAGCCUAUGGGUACUGACGUUUGCUAUAUUAGAAAAUCAGAUGGUCUCUGUUGAAAGGACAAGGCAUUUUAUGAAACUUGACCCUGAGCAGCCAUUAAAACUUGACACUGACAAAAAUUUGCAAAAUUGGCCAAUUUCUCCAUCAAUAAAGUUUAGAGAUGCAAAAAUGAGAUAUAGACCAAAUACUGAUCUUGUAUUAAAAGGAGUCAGUUUUAUAGUUGAGCCUGGACAAAGGAUAGGGCUAGUAGGAAGGACAGGCUGUGGGAAAUCUUCAUUGUUUUUGUGCUUGUUGAGAAUAGUCGAGCUAGAGUCUGGAGCUAUCUUGAUCGAUGAAGUAAAUAUAGCUCAUAUAGGGCUUUCUGCUUUGAGAGGAGCAAUUACCUUGAUAGCUCAAGAUCCAUUGGUUUUUGAAGGGACACUUAAAGAUAACUUGGAUCCGGGGAAUUUAAAAUCUCAAGCUCAAAUAGAAAAAGCUCUAAAUGAAGUAAAACUAUCGAGAUUUUCUACUGACCAUGCAGUUAAAGCAAAAGGGUCAAAUUUAUCAAUUGGGGAAAGACAGUUAUUAAGCCUUGGUAGAGCUAUGCUUGCUGAUACAAAAAUUAUUUUAUUUGAUGAAGCAACUGCUGGAAUUGAUCCUGAAACAGAUUCCCAGAUACAAGAAUUGAUAAAGGAUAAAUUUCCUGGAAAAACACUUUUGGCGAUUGCUCAUAGGAUUGGAACGAUUAUGGAUAGCGACAUUGUGGUAGUAAUGGAUAGAGGAGAAGUAAAAGAAAUAGGAAAUCCUAAAUUACCCCCCUCCGUGAGCGAACAAAAAAAUUUGAUAUAUAAGUGAUCAUUAGUAUAAUGAAUCUCUAGCUAAUUCUGCUUAAUUUUAAACAAGUUGCAUUUUAAAACAUAAAUUUUACGAAUUUCGAAAAAAAAAAUAUACUAUAAAGUUUUUAUAUAUAUAAAUUUUUUAAAAACAAAAUUAACCCGUCCGUGAGUGAGCAAAAUAUUUUUGUUCGCUCACGGAGGGGAGUAAAGAACUUGUAGAAAGUGAUUCUCUGUUUAAAAAUUUAGCUCAGAAUAUUCAUUAG